CCGCAGAGGUCAGGAAGUGAAAGAUCUCAUCAAGCUGUCCUUUUACUUCCUUAUUGGCUGAAGAUUGGAUUAUGUUCCAUACGGGACAAGAAGCGACUAGUCAAUCUUUUGCUAAAGAAGUGUUAACACGUAAAGCUGAGUACAAAGGUCACAGCGGAACAAGGAGUUGCCGUGCUCCUUCCCCAUGUAAACGGCAGUGCUGCAACCUACACACAGAAGGAGGACUCCAUUCCCAAAAGCAAAGAAAGAUGCAUAUUAUUCUUGUGAUCUGCAUAGUAAGCCUCUACAACCAGGUUCGAUGCCAAGAUAUACAGGAAAGAGACUUGUCUGGAGGAAAUCUCACACACAUCCCUUUAUGUAAUUCAGAAAAUGUAACAAAGCUAAUUUUAAGUCAAAACAAUAUUUCUUUAACUGUGGACGAUCAUCAAUCCCUAUUGAGUUAUUCUAACUUGAUAGAGCUGAAUCUCUCUCAGAAUGAAAUUACGGAGCUGAAGAGCGGUUACUUCACUGCAAUAUCAACGCUUGAGGUCUUAAUUCUCAGAAAUAACCACAUUACAUCUAUUGAGGAGAAAGCAUUUAUUGGACUGAAAAAUCUGAAAAUUCUGGAUCUUGGCUUCAAUCUUAUUACUCACCUACCAGCAAACAUCGAGAUACCUUCAUUGCAUCUGCGGGCUUUUAACCUUCAAAACAACAGCCUGACUAGCCUGGAUAUUAAAGAGGCGCUGAGGGACUUGGGAACCUCUCUGAAUAUAACACUUAGUGGAAAUCCAUGGAACUGUAACUGCUCCCUUCUCAGCCUAUCUUUCUGGCUAAAUAACAGCACUGUUAUUCUAGAAAAUGAGAACAUUACUUUGUGUGCCAUGCCAAAGAACAUGGCAGACUAUAAAAUAAAAGAAAUCGAUAACGCACCGUCAGAUCUAUUAAGCUGUAGAGGCGGCAUGGACAUUUUAUCGACCCCAGCGUCACUCUUUGAAAACUCAACCCUUGUGAAUACAUCAAUCAAUGGAACAGAUGCUUCAGCUACCCAAGGAAAUAGCUGGAGAUUUCUGGUUGGUGUCCUUAUUGUCGGGCUUGUUACUUCAUUGCUGAUAUUAAUUGCAGUCAAGUUCCCACGAUGGUAUGACUUCAUCCUCAGCUACCAUCAUCAGCGUCUAAAAGAAGAAGAACCUUACAUGUUCGAGGAGGAGUUCAAUGUAGACUUCAAUAUGGGCACCAAUGACAAAAACCAGGACGACAUUGUGGUCUUUGAGCAAACACAUUCUUUUGUGCCAGAAGAAGAUGGAUUUAUAGAAGACAAGUACAUAGAGGAACAUGAUAUAACAGCGAGUUAUAGAGGAACAUGAUAUAACCGCGAGUUAAGCUUAACUCUUAAAAGACAGGUUUUUCUCUUUCAAGGACUAUGAAUAAUGUAUGAAGUCAAUCUUUUAAUUACAUAGGUGAAGUUAUCUUACAUCUAGAUAAUGGUAGCUGUCUUAGGUAUGGAUUUCCUGUGAUGUCGUUCUUCAGUGCCUACAACCCCUCUAAAAUGAAGGAGAUUGCUCCUUGUACAAUGGAAAUGCAUAAUACUUCAUUUUAGAGACCUGCCAUAAUCACCAUCGUUAAGUGCUAACACUUUUUAAUAUUUUCAUACUUAAUAUGUUUUUAUCAGCACCAGUCGCAAAUAUUCUUCCAUUCUGAACUUGUACAGACAGGGUGGGAGAUGCAUAUGCUGUAUAAAGUGCAGUGGGCUCUUUGUUCUGUGAGCUGCUACCGCCUACUCGCUCAGAAAUGUGCCAACAGCAAAUACCGCUAACUUUCCCCCACAAUCCAGCAGAAGGGGCAGGGGAGUGACCAUAUUAAAAGAGCCUAUUUCUGAUUAAAAACUAGAUUUUUGUACUUACCGUAAAUUCUGUAUCUCUUCCGUUCAUUGGGGGGGACAGGCUUGACCUUGGGUAUAGCUGAUGCCACUAGGAGGCGGCACUAAGCACAAAAGUGUGAGCUCACCGAUGCGGUACGCUUCCACAAUGGCCAAACAAAUCAAUCGGGAAAUGGAAACUUUGGAAUAAUGAAUCCGUCCGUCAGAAAGAGGAUGUCUGAGACAGAUAGAUGCGAAUGCCCCGAACCAAAUCCAGAGUAUGGAGCAACUUCUCACGAGGAUGAGACGGAGCAGGACAAAAGGAAAGGAGAAUGAUCUCUUCAUUGAGAUGGAAUGCCGACACGACAUUCAGAAGGAAGGACUGGACCGGGCAAAGGACUACCUUGUCCUGAUGGAGGAUAAGGAAGGGCGACCGACAAGAAAGAGCGACUAGUUCCGAGACCCUACGGAUGGAAGUGACUGCCACCAAAAAGGCCACCUUGUAGGACAGGAAGCGAAGGGACACCUACUACAAAGGCUCAAACGGAGAGGACUGGAGAGCGCUGAGCACCAGAUUAAGAUCCCAAGGAUUCAACGGAGGCCGAUAAGGUGGCGCUGCGUGCACUAUCCCCCGCAGAAAGUGAAGCCAAAUUCUGCAGAAAAAGAAUGGAAAGGGCCGAAACUUGCCCUUUGAGGGAACUGAGAGCCAGCCCCACUCCAUGACCGACUGCAGGAAAGACAAGAGUCGUGGCAACGAGAACCGAAUGGGAGACAACUGGUGGCGUUCGCACCGACUAAAGUAGGACUUCCAGGUCUGGUGAUAGAUCCGGGAGGACGAUGGCUUCCUAGCCCAAAUCAUGGUCUUGAAAACAGCAUCCGAGAAACCCCCGUGCCCUUAGUAUGGCAGCUUCAACAGCCCUGCCGUUAAAUAUAGAGACCCUAAAUUCGGGCGGAAGAUCGGUCCCUGCGACAAGAGGUCCUCCCAGAGGGGAAGACGGUCCGUCCAAUGAACCAGAGAGACAAAUCGCAAUUCUAGAAUAUUGAUCGGAAGGGAGAGUUCCACGAGGGACCAGGUGCCCUGGACCGAGAGAUUGUCCAGAUCUCCCCCCCAGCCCCGGAGACUGGCAUCCAUCGUCAACACUAUCCAGCGGAGGGGAAGAAAGGAGAGGCCCGAUGUCAGCAUCGGAGACAUCAACCACCACCGAAGGUCUCGGCGCGUCGGGGCAGGGAGACGGAUGAGUCGAUCCAGGGAGGCCGGGGAAAAGGUCCCAAAUGGUCAGAAUAUGCCGCUUAAAAGCCCUGGUAUGGAACUGCGCGUAGGGCACUGCUUCGAAGGAAAAGACCAUGUAGCCCAGAGCCCUCAUGCACUGGCGAAUGGAAAGAGGCUGAGGCCGCAACAAUGAGAGGAUCUGACGACGGAGAGUGGAGAGUUUGUCUGGGGGCAGUAAUAUCUUGACCCGAUCGGUGUCGAACAGCAUGCCCAGAAACAUCAGCUGUCAAGAUGGGUGAAGACAUGACUUUGAUAGGUUCAGAACCCACCCAAAGCAUUCCAGGGUGUCCCGGACGAUGCAUAGGCUGUCCGCCAUUGUCCGAAAUGACAGACCCUUGAUCAGGAUAUCGUCCAAGUACGGAAUUGCCACUAUCCCCCUGGCACGAAGCAGAGCCAUGACUGAGGCCAGAAGCUUGGUAAAGACCCUGGGAGCUGUGGCAAGAUGGAAUGGGAGGGCCACAAACUGGUCAUGAAAAGAUCCCACUGCGAACUGAAGAUAUUUCUGGUGACUGCAGCAGAUGGGAACAUGGAGGCAAGCAUCUUUGAUGUCUAUUGAGGACAGGUACUCCCCUGGGUCCAUGGAUGCAAUGACCGAUCGCAGGGACUCCAUCCGAAAACGGCGGAGGGCUUUGAGGUCUAGGAUGGGACGGACUGUACCCUCCUUUUUGGGGACCAUAAAGAAAUUGGAGUAGAAUCCGCAAAAAACGAUCUUGAAGUGGAACCGGAAAAAUCACUCCUUGUCGCAGAAGGGUUAGAAUAGCCUGAAAAAAGGAAUGGGCGGCGAAGGGAGAGGUCCAGGGGACGAGCUAAAAAAACGGGACGGAUGUGGGGACUUCCCAGGCAUCCGAGAUGUGAGCUAGCCAGACACGCUGGAACAAAUCAAGACGGACCUCCAACUUGACUGGGGGGUGCCAUAGACCACACGUCGUGCAGAGGAGGACUUGGGGGUAUAGGGCUUGGAGCCCUGCUGGCGAGGACGCCAGAGAGGGCGAGGCUUGAAAGAUGGCUUGCGCUUCUGCUCUGGGGCAGAUUUGUCGACUGGCCGCUUCGAGCUGGAAGAACACCGAAAGGGCCGAAAAAGAGGUCUGUGCUUUUAAAACCUGUUGAAGUGAGUCCUACUCUGCGGCAAAUGGGUGCUUUUACCCCCUGUAGCAUCAGAGAUAAUUGCCAAAAAGCCUGUUACCUUCAAAGAGGAGGGAUGUCAAGGCCCGUUUAGAAGUAUUAUCCGCCGCCCAGCAAGAUAGCCACAGGGUUCGGCGAAUAGCCACCUAAAGGGCUGAAGAGCGGGCCAAAAGCCUGUCUGCGUCCAGAAAGGCCUCACAGAUGUAAGAGCUGGCGUGGGAAAGUUGCACUGCAAUAUCUGAAAGUUACUCUGAGGAGAGGCCCUGAUGUAGCUUGUUUGACCACUCGGUCAUAGCCUUGCUGACCCAUGUAGAGGCAAAAACCGGGCGUUUCAGAUUUGGCAAAAUAUUCCAAAGGAAGCCCCAUCCGCCCUAGGCAAGGUGGUAUUCUUAGCCAGGCGGGAUACUGAAGGGGCAACAACAGGAGAGGAGGACCACUCCUUUGUCAAAUCCUCUGAAAAGGGAUAUAAGACGACAAAGCGUUUCGGCAAAGCAAAACGCCUGUCAGGGAAGUUUCAUUCCUUGAAAAGGGAGGAAUCAAACUCCGGAUGGAUGGGGAAAACUUUUGGCAAUCAACAGGAUCGCCUGAAGGAAAAAGUAGACCCGGCAGAUGAGGGCGUAGUGUCCCCAACCUGUAAGGUUUCUAUAACUACUGCAAUGAGAUUGUCUACAUAGGGUCUAUAUGGGGUCUGCGACAGAAAGAAGUUUGGCAAGCCCAGAGAAGAGCCGCCA